AUGAGUGCUGCACCAGUCACCACACAGGGCAGCAGUUCGACCGCACAAGGACCCGGUGCCGAAUCAUCCAACAAAAGGCCACGUCGAAAUGAUGAUGAAGGAGACCAGCCGAACGACGAGAACGACCUGUCGUAUUCGGAUGACGGAGGAUACGAUAGCUCAGAUGGCGAGCUUACUUUAGAAGAAUCCAUGAAGCGCCAAAGGAAGAAGGCUGGUUUGCGAAUGGAGACGUCCGAAGGACGCCGACGCGAUGCCAUGCUGGCCGACAUAGCUAAUGCUCAUGAUACUCCAAAAGCGGCCUCUCAGAUCUCCCAAGCAAUUUACGAAUACACUCGCAUGCUUAUGGGAAUCUCACGAAAGUCACGUAUGUCUAACAAUGACCACGAUUCUACACUUCCUCCCCCACCUAGCGAUGACGAGAUGAAAGCUUGGGUCAAUCGCCAAGAAGAUCGCGAAGAAGUGAUUAGAAAGGCAAUGGAGAGGGGAAUGCGCAAGUAUCUCGCCAAGAAACCGGACAACUUCAAACCGAAUAGAACACAGAUCCGUACCGUAGAAAAAGAUGCUGCUGAUCGUGCUCGGUUGACUAUCAAAUUGAAGCCGGUCAAAUUCACCUCCCGACUCGAUCAUAAAUCUUCUUGCCGGUAUGCGCACAACUGGGGCACUAAGUGUGAGGGUGCUUUGGCUCUUGCAGGUUUCCCUCGGUGUACCUUUGACUGGGAAGCUGGAUACGACUCUCCCUGGAAUUCUUCAGUCUCUGCGAUUAUCAUUUCUCAAUGGGUGAAAUGUUUUGAUGCGAAGGGUGCUCGAGCAUUUGCCAUCGUUGGAUCAGACAACACUGACUUAAACCGUGAUGAGGUCUUAAGGCGCUGGUUCAAGAACAAGAAAGGUGAUUAUAGAAAACAAACUAGAAAUGAGAUCCUGAUUAGAACAUCUCAAGGCCGAGCAAAGGUUGAAGCAGAUAAAGCUUAUUCGAAGAAGGUCAUUAGCCGCCGAAGAGGCAAAGCUAAAAUUCACAAGGCUCGAUUGUCAGUUGUGAAAGAACUUUUUGGUGAACAAUCCGCCGAAUACGGAAUGUUAAAUCCACGUGAGGUUCAUUCCGAAGAUGAACUCUCCAGCGCAGCGCCCAGCAAAGUGCGAUUGGGGUGGCGUAGCGCCGAGUUGGAUACUUUUAUCUCAUUGGUUGACCAGUGUGUGUGGGGACGCGAAACCGAUGCAGCCCUUCGUCGUUCAGCAAGGCAUCUAAUUGAGCGUGGACCUUACUCCACCACCCCAGAUGUGGAUCUCUUCCCCCCUAAGAAAUAUCAGCGUUCUCUGGUAUCCCCAACUUGGAUAAGCUCCAUGCAAGGAGUUGCUCUUACACACCUAGAAUUAAACACCACUAAUGUUGUUGAUAUCCGCCGAGCAAUUAUGAAGCUUACCAAAGAGCUUGCAAGCACCCCCUCAACUUCUCAAUAA